CCUCACCGCUUUUAACCUUUUUUUCACUUCGAUUGCCUCCCAGGGGAAUGAAUAUUAUAGAAAGAUCGGAACAGUGACACUACCCGGGGUAUACUGCGGCCAUACCGUUUCGGCCUCGCUUCGCCGUCAGGCCUUCCUUGCCACCCAACACAUCCGACAAUUUGCGUCGAUCAGCUGGGAGGAUUUCGAGGCUAUUGAUUCAUUCCUUACACUGCGGCGGAUUGUUUCACCAUGACAGAGCUGGACUCGUUUCCAGAAGAUGAGCGCUCGGUGGAGUUAUCAUCCAUUGCCGCCAUCUACCCAGAGAUCAAGUUAGAUCCGUCCUCGCCAUUCAAAGCAUCCCUCACUUUACCGGUUAAGCCGUCUGCUCCCCUGCGUGUCUGCUUCCAGCAACAAUCUGAGACAGAGUUCCCCGCCGUCCUAACUCCCCCCACCUCCGUUGAUGCCAACGAUCCCGGCUUUUCUUUCAAGACAGGUGACCAUAAUUCCGCUAGCCUCAAUCGCGAUAUUCAUACACUCUCACAUCUCCCACCCCUCUGCCUCGAAAUCGAGCUCCCCCAAGGUUACCCUACCGAAGAAGCGCCCAUCUUCAGGCUCGAAACAAGCCCUCCGUGGUUGCCACCUUCCAUAUUACUGGGUCUUUUGGAUGACGGAAAACGUCUUUGGGAGGAAUGUGGCAAGGAUCUCGUGGUAUAUACAUAUAUUGACCAUCUUCAGCAACUGGGGGAGUCGGCUUUUGGGGUUGGCGACAUAUCCGGUGGCGAAGUUCAACUUCCCCGUGAGUUAAAGAUCGCAUUGCUGGACUUCAACAACAAAGCCGAACGGGAAAGGUUCGAAGAGGAGACCUUUGAAUGUGGAGUCUGUCUCGAACCCAAGAAGGGCACGAUUUGCCACCGACUCGUGCUUUGUGGGCAUGUCUUUUGCGUGCCAUGCCUUCAAGACUUUUACAACACUUGUAUAACGGAAGGCGAUGUCGAAGGUGUCAAGUGCUUGGCUCCUGGCUGUGGUAAAGAACCAAACAGUGCCUCUUCCACCGAUGCCCGCCCGAAGAAACGCAAAAAGCAAGAUCGAACCCUGAGCCCCAGCGAGCUCCUUCAGAUCCCAUUGGAACAAGAGACAGUGCAGCGUUAUGUUUUCUUGAAACGGAAGAAGAAGCUCGAGGCCGACAAGUCGACUGUGUAUUGCCCACGGCAGUGGUGUCAAGGAGCUGCGCGAUCCAAGAGGCACCCCAAGCCCGUGGAUCCAAUGACAGACGACCUCGACGCCUCCGAUGAUGAAGAUGAAGAGGGACCCGUGUUCGACCCCCUAGGGGAGGAAGCUCAGCUGCCACCAAUGUCCGAGCGUGUGGCCAUCUGCGAAGAUUGCAACUAUGCCUUCUGUUGUGUUUGCAAGAAGGGCUGGCACGGCGAACUGGUACGGUGCUUUCCUCGCCGCGAGGCAGAGCUCUCCGCCGAGGAGAAAGCAACGGAGGAGUAUCUGCGUAUGUACACCUCGGCAUGUCCGACAUGCGAUGCUCCAUGCCAGAAGCAAAUGGGUUGCAACCAUAUGAAAUGCUUCAAAUGUGACACCCACUUCUGCUAUCUCUGCUCUAGCUGGCUCUGCGAAGACAACCCCUACCGCCAUUUCAACGACAUCAACAGUGGAUGCUUCAACCGGCUGUGGGAUCUGGAAGGUGGCGACGGCAUCAACCCCGAUGGAGCCGCAGCCUUGCAUCGUGUUCCCGACGAACUGCUCGAUUUCGACGAUGGCAGCGACGACGAAGACCUCGUAGCUUGGGAGCUCGGCAGACGACCUCCACCCCCUGCUCCUGUCCCUCCAAGAGUCAACAACGGCGCAGCCGGGGGCAAUCGCCAUCGUGGAAACAACGCCAACGAUCUCGACGCCGCAGGCCGAGCAGCCGCCGCCGAAAGACAAGCUCAAGCACGAGCAAUGGCCGAGGUUCGCCGUGGUCCAGAUGGCGAGCCUCCCCAAGUCAGACGCCCGGGACUCCAGAGGUUUCUGGACCUGGUCUUGAAUGACCGGGAAGACGAAUGGGACAGUGACGAGCUAGAUGAUGAUUUCUAGCAACGCCCCCAUCAUUUCCACGGAUUUAACUAUAACGGAACCCCCUCCCCACGUCUAAACCUCUUUCUGGUAUCUAUACUUCCUU